AUGCAAGCUCCUUGUAGAGAAGCACCAAGGCGCGCCCCAGUUCAGAGACACAAUUUUCAGAGAGCGGCCAUCAUGUCGCAGGGAGACGUCGGUUCGAAGCUGUUGAAUGUAAUUAUUCAUUUUUCCAUCAUUCCAUUUUCCAAUAAGUACUCAGAGAUUUCAAGCAGAUUAGAUAACCUAAAUGAACUAUAAAUAUUUUUUCAGAGUAAAUAGUAUUUCAUUUUCCAGUUGCCCCAGAAUCGAGUCGAUUCCGGCAAUAUUGAUACGAACCAAUUGAAAUGGUAUGUCUCCGUUCAAAAUCCUUAAAACGCGAUUGUUCAAAAUGAACGCUUUAUAUAAAAAAUCUUCGGAGCCAUGAAUAAUAAUGCUUUUAAGGUUUAAGCUAAAGACGGAUUUCUCAGAUUAACGUUUUUGUAAGUCAUUUUUUGAGACUUCCUGACGUUUGCAGCAACCUAAUUUUAAAACUAAAUCUCUAUCUUUGCAUGUUUUCAUUGUUUUUUUUUAAAUUCGUCUAUUUUUCCGCACAAAGAAAUCGUCAUUAACAAAGAUAUCGCCCGAAAACCGCGCUCGGUGUAUGCACAAUUGAAGCCUACAGUGUGCCAAAUCGGACGGGCUGAACAGUUGUAGAAUGUCCAAAAAAAAGAGAAAUAUGCCCGCGUGGAAAUUGCCGAAAUUAGUAGCAAAAAGUUAUAGGGAUCUAAAAAUCAAUUUUACUUUUUUAAGGCAAGUAAGAACAUUUGCAAAUGAUAAAGAAGUCGCUUUGAUGGUGGGUUGCGAUCCUGGGAUGUCGUCCACGAAUUGGAAGGUAGACGCUGAAGUCCGUCUUCAUGUGAAAAACGGCGACGAAAUUUUGGGAACGAUUGAGGCAAUUUAUUAAUUAUUAGAAUCUUCAUUUAAAAAAAGAGCGAUAGAUUGGGGAUUCGGUUUUUUUUUUCUUUGCGAUCCUAUUUUUUACAGUUAUUUUACAACAAGAACUCUUUGCUUCAUUUAUUUAGUUGACACUUUUCAGAAACGUUUGCUUUUCACCGCGAGGGACAAACCAGCUAAAAUUGUAUAUUCUGGAACGGAAAGCAAUCCUUUCUCGUAUAAGCUGGUAAUUCUCUUAAUUCUAAAAAUUUUGGUAAAAACUAGUUGAUUGGAAGCUAUAGUCUGUUCAGAUUUCGAAUGUCAACCAGCUAACUCCGCCCUGCUGAGACGGUACCUUUUCGCGUCGAUGUUUUUUUCGCGCGGGACUAAUUUUGAUCUUUUUUGAUCUAAAAGAUAGACAAAGAAGUCAAAAAAGCAGCCUUAUUAAAGGGCCAUCGUCAUCUGUAGAUAAAACAUUGACGCGAAAGAUAUUGUAGCCGUGGGGGUGGAGUUAGCUGCUUGACAUUCAAAAUCUGAACAGACUAUAUGGAAAGAUUUCACAGCAUCAGUCAAAUUCUAUGAACAUGCGAUAUCGAAAAAUCAAUAGUUAUAUUUUUAAUAAAUGAUCAAAUUCUCUCUCUUGUUAAUCACGCAAUUUUUUUGUUUUAAUCACACCGAUUAUAGUCGAUUUCAGCAGGAUUCAUUUUUUUAACCAGUGAUUUUCCAUUGAGUUAGUCUAUGAAUGACUUUACGAGUCUACGGUUAAUUAAGUAUAUGUAAAAAGUCGAAAUCGGUAAGCACAAUUUUUUUCCAUUUCUCCAACGACAAUUCGGCGCAAGCUCUGGUCGAAAUCGAAGUGUUCUCAAUAUCGGUUGCGAGGUAAUCCUCACUUUUUCCAUUUUCAAACAUGAUCUAGGGGUUUUUAGUACUUUGGAUCACAUGGAACCUGAUAAUUUUGAAGUUUUGACCCGCACCAACAACUUGACGAUUACUGUGGAAUCAAAGCGGUUCUACGUCAAUAGAGAGGUUGGACUAUUUUUCAAAUCGAUUCCAAGUUCUUUAUAGUUGUUUCGAGUUUUCUCUUCCCACUUUCGUGUUUUGAUUGAAAAGAAAGAGUAUGAAAAAGAAAACCAUGACUCUGACGAAGAUGACGAAAAGGGGAGAAUCGAAAUCGAACUGGAAAAUGCGACCGCGGAUGAGAUACUGACGCUCAUUCGAGCCAUUCACCCCACGAAGCAACAAGUCGACGGUUAGUUCAUUCAACACGUAAAAGUAUACGCAGAGGCCGCAAAGUCCCGUCCCUUUUUGAAAUAGUGAAAUGCUCCGGUUUUUCAGUUUUUUGUAUUUGCACGGCGUUUUUUUAAUCAACUUAUAUGUAUUUGGUCUGAAAUUGGCUAAUUCGGCCUUCUUUCCAGGUUUCUUGACCCUAUGCGAGCCCAAAAAGAAAUGUAAAAUGCGAGGAACUUCUGUGCAAAAGGCAAAGUUCUGAUUUUCAGGAUGUAUGAAACUUUUUUUGCAAAAAGGCACUGCUUUUUGCAAGAUUUCAGUAGACCAGUUCCCGCCUUGUCACCUUCUGAAAUGUGGCUUGAAAACACCCUUCCAAUUAUUUUUUUUUUGCUUUAUCGGAUGCUGUAAUUGACCACAUUCAUUUCUCAAUGUUAAUACAUAUAGAAUUAUCCUGCGUUCAGAAGACCCGAAAAAAAACAAUUUUCUUCAGAAGGUUCAGCAGAGUUUUAGAAAGCAACGUGGAAACUCUUCUGAAACUUGGUAAACGUUUCGGAGUCCCGUCCGUUCUUAUCAGCUGCGAUCGUUUUCUUCGUUCUGGUGAGGCCAACAAAAUAGACAAGUUCAAACUGUUGAAUUGGUCUGUUCAGUACAAUCUUCCGGAUCUUCAGGUUCUGUUUGACUGUAUAAAUUCUCAUUUUAAAGAAUUUUUUCAGGACUUUGUCAUGAACACCUUGACCCAUAAGAGUUAUUUUUACCCCGUUAGGAGGAGCCCUAUUUGGGACGAAAUGGACGACAAAGCGAAGAUUAUUCUUUUCGAGAAGAUGAUUUCUUUGUCCAAUGGCCGUAAGACUAAUCUUGACUUUCCCGACUUUUAAUUUAUUUUCGCAUUUUCCCCAUCAAAUUUUUUACUUUCCAAAUUUAUCAAAUAUUUUUCACUGCUAUGUGUUUUUUAAAUCUCCUUUCAAAUCCUGUGGAAUCUUUUUGAGGAAGAAAUAUUUUUCCAAUCCCCGUUUCCCCUAACAAAACUUACCUAUUUUUUUGAAAAACUGUAUAUUUUGUUGUUUUUUUGUUGAAUUUUUAUAUCUUUAUCGAAUAAAUCUACGUCUUCCAAAAAAAAAUUCGUUUUUUUAAAGCGUGCUGUCGAAUCAAUAUUUGGCUUUUUUUGUGGUAUUCCUAUGAAGGAAAAAUUUUUUUGACAAUUUUUUCUUUUCAAGUCACUUUUUUAUGUUAAUUCAGAAAAAAAAAACACAAUUUUUUUUGUUUUUCAGAGUCCGAAAAAAAUGCCUCCGGAGAAAAUUUCCAGCGUUCCUCUCGAGAUGAAGGUUCCUUUCGUGAACGCAAAAUUUCACAUCGUUUUUUUUUGCAGAUUUACCAAGACGGGUUAGAUCAGAGAGUCAUUGAAAUGGAGAAAAUGAAAUGGUGAAUUCCAUGUCAAGACUUCAAACAAAUUGAUGAAGUUUUUCUAAAAAAAAUGCUCAUAGGCAAAGUCGGAAGGACCCUUCACGCGCCCUUUAAGCGUUCGUUACGGAUCCGUCUGUUUCCAUUAAUUGUUCCUAAACGGGUGGCAAAGGUUUCCUUUUUACUGCCUUUUUGCGUCCUUUCAUCGGCCUUCAUCUACCCUUUUUGGACCCUUUUGAGAAAUAAAUUUUUUUUUUUGAAAUAAGAAUAAUCUUUACAAGUGACUGUGUAUGAACCAAAAUAAUCUACAGUAAUAAAAUCGGAAAUCAUCAAUAGCAGAGAAUUUCAGAACCUUUUUGCACCCUCACCCUUUCUUCACCCUUUUUGCGGCCUCUCCCUUUUUUCGCCCUUUUAUGACCCUUUUUAGUCCAACAAGAAUGAAAGGCUCAAUAAAGGCCGUAAAAAGGGACCCUUUUAGCGGCCAUUUUGCAGUCACUCCCUUUUUGCACCCGUUUUCCGCUCUUCCGACUUUGGCAGUGCUUGAAUCAUCUUGAAAAAAUUGUUCUGAAUGUUAAUUUGAGAAUUGAACGUUGUUCUUUACUAUUUUUCUGAUUCAGGAAUGUUAAAGUGCGUGGCCAUGUAGGCAAAGUUGAAUUGGAAGUUGUCUGUGAUCCUGGAACGACAUCUACUUUUUGGAAUAUCGACGCCGAAAUCCGCUUGUGGAUCAAAAAAUCUGAUAAUCUUGCUUCUGCCGCUGUAAUGGUUAUCUUUUCCCUUCUUUCGCAAAAAUUUGUAGAGGGUUUUUAUUAAAAUUUAUCAGCCUUUUGGACUCAAUUUAGUACACAAAAUAUCCGAGUCGAAAAAAAAAAUUAUGAACACUUGAAAAAAUUAGAUAGAUGAACAAUGAAAACUUUGAGAGGACAAAAUUUAUUUAAAAAUAUUUUUGCAGCGAUCUACAAUCAUACUCGCCAGAUUUUUUUAGAAAAAAAUGUGACUUAGAAUAAUUUUUUUAAAAAGGUUUAAUUAUGAAAAAAAUCCGUUAAUAAUAUGUUUCAAACUUGUUUUUUUAAUUUACUUAUUUCGUAUUAAAACAAUAAUUAACAAUAUUUUUGCUAAACGAAACCUCAAUAGUUAAUUAAAAAUUCCGUGACUUUUGAUGAAAGAUCACGCAUCAUAUAGCUUAUUCACGGCUUGCUUGAGCCAUCGAAAAAAAGGGUCCUGACACGAUAGUGCACGAGACAGUGCCUGGAUCGUGGAGAGUGCAGAGAGACCACGCCCCUUAGCGUCUCAAGCUAACCGUGAAUCAGCUAUAGUUAUAGAAAUAUGAAAAUUAUUAUUACAGUAAAUUGCGAAAAAUGUAGUUCAACUUUUCAACUUUCUUUCCUCUACUAAUUCACAGACUCUUUUUUCCUAGGAACGGCGAGUUUUCUCCGCAAAAAUGAAGCCCCUGCUUUUGGAGUACAUUGGGGCUGAACAUGAACCUUUCGACUGCCGCGAAGUAAUUUUUUUAAUAUUUAUUCUUUUUCCGUUUUUUUCUAAUCGAGAUAACUUGCGGGUCCCUUGCCGAAAAAAAUUCUAUUUUGAGAAAUUAUUGGAGUUUGUUGCAAUAUCACUCAAAAUAUUGUUUAGAAAAAGCCAUUUUUUUCAAUUAGUUAUAUAAAAAUCUACUAGUUUUUUUAUUUCCAUGGAAUCAAAAAAUUAUUCGUUACAAUUUUGGAUUUUCCGAUCCUGAAAAUGGCCUCGUCUGCCAAGGCCGUCGUUGAAGUGGUUGUAUUUUUCGACAUCUUUUUUUGAGGCGAGUUGGAAAAAAACUAGUUUUUUUAGUGCAGUAUGAAAAAAAGCUCAUUAUUUAAUGUUUUUCAAUCAACUUGUUUCAAAUAUUUUUUUCAUGUUGUAAUCUGAUCAGAUUUUUGAAUGUCAAGUACAAUGACGUCAUUCGGAAAAGCCCUGUGGAUGGUUCGCUUUCUGAUUGGUUUAUCGCGCCAAUAGGGGCGGAGCUUUAGCGAUGACUAGACUUGACAAUAAUGAAAAAUGCUUCACUGUUCAUUUUGUACAUAUGUAAAGUUUCAUAAAAUUUCAAGAAAAAAAUCUUAUUAUUUAAUUUUCGAAACCUUAGGUCUCAUGAUAAUAUCGCGCACAUCAAUUUCACGGCUCCUCACAACAAAUCUGAUCUGACCAUCGUCGUCGAAGGAAAACACCUUCAUGCUCAUGAAACGGUCGACAAUAUAUCGAAAAAUUUCGAUGAAUAUUUUUUUAUAGAUUCUGAAAGUGUUCUCAUCUUUUUUUCCGAGAUAUCUUUAGCGCGAAGAAAAAAAGAAAGAGAGAUUCAAUUGGAAACUGGAACUUAUGAGGAGAUCGAAUUCCUUCUGCGCGCAAUUUAUCCUUCCAUGCAGCGAGUUAACCGUUAGUUUUGGUUUGAAAAACAUAGUUGUUCAAUUUUUUUUUUUUUGUGAAAGUUUUAUUGGACCCUUUUUUAAUAAUCGCUAUAGCGAAAACCAUAUUUUUGUCAUUCGAAAACGUUCUUUGAUUGGUUUGUCACGCCUAAUAAUUUAAAAGGUGAAGGUGGAACUUGCCGAACCGCAAUUCAAGUUUGAAUUCUUUCCCGCCCAAAAAUGUUUCACAUCCAUUAAAGUGACGAAAAAACUCACUCUAAUUUUUCUCAAAAAAUGUCAUUUUUAUCAGUGACAAACGUGGAACAACUCUUGAAAGUCGGCCACCAAUACGGCGUUUCUUCGAUCUUGAUUGACUGCGAAAGAUUCCUCAACUCGGAAGAAGCCAAGAAAAUCGAUAAAUUCCUUCUUUUGCAUUGGUCUUUCCUUUACAAGUUUCCCGACAUCCAGGUUCCCAGCUUUUCGGUUUCAGUUAAAAUUUAUUUUUUCAGCACAAGAUUUUCUCUUCUUUCGAUAAAAUGGAAUCAUUUUGCGCCGUCCAGGACAGCCCCGCCUGGGAUCUCAUGGAAGACGAAGAGAAAGUCAUCAUUCUGGAGAAAAUGCUCGAAAUUUCGAAGAAGAAACCUGUUUUCAAUUUCCAGUUCAACAGCCCUCCUACGAUUAAAAAAACUAUUUGA